AUGUCAUUUCUAUGUGGGUCAGCUUCAACGUCAAAUAAACCGAUCGAAAGAAAGAUCGUAAUUCUGGGCGAUGGUGCCUGUGGUAAAACUUCGUUACUGAACGUUUUCACCAGAGGUUAUUUUCCCGAAGUAUAUGAACCCACUGUUUUUGAAAACUAUAUCCAUGAUAUUUUUGUUGACAGUAAACAUAUCACGCUGUCAUUGUGGGAUACUGCGGGCCAAGAGGAAUUUGAUAGGUUACGAUCAUUGUCUUAUUCAGAUACACAAUGUAUAAUGUUAUGUUUCAGUAUUGACUCACGCGAUUCUUUAGAGAAUGUCCAAAAUAAGUGGGUUGGUGAAAUCACCGAUCAUUGUGAAGGCGUCAAAUUAGUCUUAGUUGCACUAAAAUGCGACCUAAGAAACAGUGAAACCGAAUCGAAUGCCAUCACACCGAACAACAUCCAACAGGAUAACAGUGUUUCCAACGACAACGGCAAUAACAUAAAUAGCACCUCCAACACCAAAAACCUGAUAAGCUAUGAAGAAGGUCUAGCUAUGGCUAAGAAGAUUGGUGCGCUGCGUUAUUUGGAAUGUAGCGCUAAACUAAAUAAAGGUGUGAACGAAGCUUUCACAGAAGCCGCAAGAGUUGCUUUAACCGCGGGCCCAGUAGCAACCGAAGUGAAAAGCGACAGUGGAUCCAGCUGUACCGUUAUGUAA